ACGUUGCAGCUUCCCGAUCAAUAUUACCAGAAACGCAAUUUAAUGGUAACCAAGAAGAAAAAUGUCGGAAGCGUCCUUGUUACCGAGUAGCGGAGUUCUGCUUGAGGUUAGCGCUCAGGCUCCAGCACCAUCAAAGGAUUUCCACCAGUUCAUAAUCUCAUCUAGAAAUACCAUCUGGAGAACUUGGAAUAUCACUUUACGAAAUGACUACAGACGAUUAAAUCCAACUGAAUCAAAGCAACCUAUUGAGGAUUUUGCAUACGAUGAACGGCUGCAGUUUGAUGUUCGCCGUGUUUUUGGACUGAAUACUUUGGAAUACGCCAAAAACCUCUGCAUGGGGAAGAUAGACUACUUUGCUAGACUGCCAAUGCCUCUUCUUAUCUAUCUUGUCUCGUUCCUCGAACUGGAGGAUGUGGCAGCAUUGGCGCAAACAAGCAAACAAUUUUAUGAAGUUUGCAACAAUGAUUCGUUGUGGGAGAGGAUUUACGAAAUCCAUUGUGACACUAUGACAGAUGAGAUGAAAUCCCUGGCUGAACAGAUUGGAUGGAAGAAAAUGUUCUUCACCAACAAGUUACAAUUACAG